UCACUUUCACCAGAAUCUCAUCAACACCAACUCAACAAAGUCUCUUUCUCUCUCUCUCUUUCAACACACGAAACACUUUGAGAUCCCUAUAAUUAACCGUUAAUACAAAUACCCUAAAACCCUAAUCUCACAGUACGAGCAGUUCCAGCCACAAAGCCAAAACUCUUCAGAAUGUUUCAUCAAGACAACACAACGCAACAACGUCGUGACACAACGACAAGAACACCAUCAUCCUUCAUGCCAAACAAUCUUUCUGGAAACCCCAAUAGUAGCUCAAGCUCCGGAGCCCCCGGGAGAUUCCCAAGGUUUGGACUCAACGUCGACGACGAUCUAGUUUCUUCCGUGGUUCCUCCGGUCACCGUUGUGCUAGAGGGACGUUCUAUCUGCCAACGCGUUAGCUUGGAUAAGCAUGAGAGUUAUCAAAGCUUGGCUUUAGUUCUGAGGCAAAUGUUUGUAGAUGGGGCUGAUUCGACUUCAGAGACGGACGAUCUUAAUCUGUCCAACGCCAUUCCUGGCCAUCUUAUUGCUUACGAAGACAUGGAGAACGAUCUCCUUCUUGCUGGUGAUCUCAGUUGGAAGGACUUUGUUCGGGUAGCGAAGAGAAUUCGAAUCUUGCCGGUGAAAGGGAACACAAGAAAGGUUAGAAGAAACGAGUGACUGUGUGAGUGAGAGUUAGAGAUAACGUUUUGCCAACGAUGUCAGAAGAUGUUUUGUAGCAAGCCUAGCUAUAUAUGUCGGUGAUUCCCAAGGGCAGUUAUUGUAAAAGUUACCAUCAUAUGGGUUUUGCUUCUUUGUUCGCUUUUAUCUUCUUCCCACAAAUUGAAUGGAACAACAAAAAUGUUAAAAUUCACUAAUCAUGUGCAAAAUGAAGCAACUUAUCUUUGUUUCAUUUUUUCUCGUCUGCAAGUCAUACACAACUCUCACGCAUAUUACCAUCUCUCUUUGCGAGUGAUAUGAUUA